GGCGGCCCAACUAGGAUACAGCUUGUUGGGAGGACACGUCUCGACGGCGGUCGUUGUGUGGUGGAUGGAAAUUGAACGAAGGUGAUCAGUCGGACAACUGUAAAGGGUUUGCUGGCGAUAUGAAGAUCGUCCCAGUUCCUUGCUUGGAAGACAAUUACUCUUACCUGAUCAUCGAUGAGAGUUCUAAAGAAGCAGCAGUUGUUGAUCCAGUAGAGCCCCAGAAGGUUCUUCAAGCUGCUCAUGAAUAUGGCGUCCAUCUCAAGCUCGUCCUCACCACUCACCAUCACUGGGAUCACGCCGGCGGGAACGAAAAGAUAAAGCAGCUGGUGCCCGGAAUCGAAGUGUACGGUGGGUCUGUCGACAACGUCAAGGGUUGCACCCAUCCACUCCAAAAUGGUGAUAGGCUGUCGCUUGGCUCUGAUCUCGCCGUUUUGGCUCUUCACACUCCUUGUCAUACAAGGGGUCACAUAAGUUACUAUGUGACAGGCAAAGAGGAAGAUGUCCCAGCUGUUUUCACUGGAGACACAUUGUUUGUUGCUGGUUGUGGGAAAUUUUUUGAAGGCACAGCAGAACAGAUGUAUCAAUCGCUAUGUGUAACAUUGGCCUCAUUGCCAAAGCCAACUAGAGUAUACUGUGGCCAUGAGUACACAGUUAAGAACUUGCAGUUUGCUCUGACUGUUGAACCAGAUAAUGUGAGGGUGGGGCAAAAGCUGUCAUGGGCACAACAUCAACGACAAGCUGGCCUCCCCACCAUUCCCUCAACAAUUGAUGAAGAGAUGGAGACUAACCCAUUCAUGCGGGUUGACCUACCAGAGCUUCAGGGGAGGGUUGGUUGCCAGUCGGCCAUAGAUGCUCUACAAGAGAUAAGGCGGCAGAAGGACAACUGGAGAGGCUGAACUAAGGACCUGCUUGGUGUGUUAUUUUGUUUCUUCUUGAAUAUACAUGAACGGGGUGUGUGAUAAUGUGAAAGUAGCAUUACAUUGCUGCUUUGGCUUGGGUUGUGCAAUUCGUGUUUUCUGUGUGGAGUGAUACAAUAUUUGCAAUCUCCCACUUGUAGUAAUCUGCUUUUGGCCUGCAAAUGCUGCUUGUAUUUCAUAAAUUGCCAAAAAUUCCGAUGGCUACGGUACUUAAAAGAAUGGAGGCAACAAUUUGCCUAAA